AAAUCAAAGAACAAUGUAUCAAUUCUCAUCAUCUCCUAUAUAUAUUACCUAGCAAUUUCUCGAUUAUAUAACAAAAACUAAACAUCUAUUCUUGAUAUUUCACUUAAAAAAACUUCAUUAUCAAAUGGCAUAUCUCCCAGGAAGAACAACACCUUUUGGUGACAAAAAAAGCUCAAGUAGUUUAACAUUCGAAGAAUUCGUCCCUCCUUCCGCAUGGACAGAAGAGUCAACAUACCAUUACCUCCUUGUCGAUCUUCCGGGUUUCAAGAGGCAGGAGUUAAAGCUUCAAGCCGAUAACAAGACUCAUAUAGUGGUUAGUGGAGAAAGGCAAGAAAGAGAGAACAAAUACAAACGAUUCGAGCAACGUUUUGAGUUGCCAAAGAAUGCUGACGUGGACAAGAUCACGGGGAAGCUCGAUGGCGAGAUUUUAUAUAUUAGUGUUCCGAAAAAAAUAGAACCGCAACACCAAGAAAUUAAACAUGGCAGUGAGAUCGAAUCAGAACCAGAACCAGAACUAGCAUCAGCAUCAGUACUGGAAUCCGAACCUGAACCGGUGUCUUCAGACGAAGAGGAUGAUGAUGACAAGAAAUCAGAUGCAAAUGAAAAUGAAAGUGAUAAGAAAGAUGGUGAAAAGGGUAUUGAAAGAAAGGAAGAUAAAAGGGUUUUUAAUGAAGAUUGGGAAAAAGAGGCUCAUUUAUAUUUGAGAAUUGCGAUUGAAAAAAUAAGAAAGAAUAAAGGGAUUGUUGUGACAGCAAUCUUUGCGUUCUCGUUAGGGGUGAUGGUAAGUCAGAAGUUUCAGUCAAAUGGACAGACAGUAAUUAUAUGAUAUGACAAAUAUAUUUGUAAACGUUAUGCGAAUAAAAUAUAUGUAACGUAAAUUGUGAAUGUAUUAAAUAAUAAUGUUUCGGUUUAAUUAAAAUGUAAUCUUGAAAUCGGAUGAAAAAAGGUAAAUUCUUCAUGAUCAUUGUUACCUUAAAGAAAAACACAUAAGUAUCAAUGCUGUUUUUUUUUCUUUUAUCUACAAGGAUCAGAUGCCAUAGUAUAAACUAGUAUAAGGGUAAAACAGACAUUUACCCACCUGUUGAAGGUACUCUGGAAACAUUUGAAAUAGACAAUCUUUUUUGACCUAAGAGCCUUGACAAAUUUAAAUGACAGCUAAUGGGUAAGUUUGAAAAUUGAUGAACAGUGUCCCUUGAUCAAAGGAAGAGGUUUGAAAAAGGGGAUGCUUUUUUUAUCCAAAAAAACCUUUUUCAUGGUGCUUUUUUGACAUGAAAAAGAAGAGGGGGGAUGUGGAAUCGUGUGCCUUGGAAGAAUAUUAGGGUUACAAGUGGUGUAAGAUAGUGAUUUUUAUUUCUACAAAAUGGAGUUGGAGUGAAUGAGAAUGUAGAUUGAUUGAUGAUGUGUGUGUUUGGGACAAAGAAUCUAAUGCUUAUGUGUUA